AUGACACUAUGUAGUUAUUCAAUGAUUUCGACGUUUGGGCGCGCAACCAUCCGGCGAUUCAGCGACAAUGUGUCCGGCAUGAAGAAGAUGGCUGCCCGCGAUUUCGAACAGAAUCUCAAGUGCGCCAUCCCAUGUUUCGAGAACCUCUUGCCAGAGCCAUACAACUCCAUCAGGAAAACGUCACGGACUUGGACCCAUACUUGGGCCCAACUCACGCGAUGGCAUGCCUUAGCCAAGCUCCAACUCCACUCUGAGUCGACCAUCGCUGCAUUGGACGCAUCGACCAGCACCCUUGGGCAGGCCAUGCGUGCCUUCCUUCGGCAUGUUUGCCGUCAAUACUCAACACAGGAGCUCCCCAAGGAAACGCAGUCCCGACAACGACGCAAAGCCGUGUCCGGACAGAAUGCGCGGUCUGCUACGACUGUAUCGCCCAAGCAAAAGGCGUUUACAGUCUUGAACACUCCCAAGUAUCAUCGUCUAGGUGACUACGCACGCAGCAUUUCUGAAACAGGUACCAUGGACAAUAAGUCCACACAGGCGGUA